AUGAACUCAGAGUCAGGUUACCAACCACUUCUAGUUGGUCUUCAUUCACACUCCCAGAUACCAGUUUUAUCAUCAGACACCAUUGAAGAGUUCUUGAAACAAAGGUCCAUUGAGUUGAGAUGGUGGCCACAACUUGUUGCUUGGGAGUCAAGGCUCAUAUGGCUAUUGUCAUGGGCCUCCAUUCUUGUCUCCAUUUUCAACUACAUGCUAAGCUUUGUCACCUUGAUGUUCACUGGCCAAUUGGGGUCUCUUGAGCUUGCUGGGGCAUCCAUGGCCAUUGUUGGAAUUCAGGGUCUUGCUUAUGGGAUUAUGUUGGGGAUGGCAAGUGCAGUGCAAACAGUGUGUGGAGAAGCAUACGGGGCAAGAAAUUACUCAGCAAUGGGCAUCAUAUUGCAAAGAGCAAUCAUCUUACACUUGGGGGCUGCAGUGAUUCUCACAUUUCUGUAUUGGUUUUCAGGGUCAUUUCUGAAAGCCAUAGGUCAGUCAGAGAGCAUAGCAGAGAAAGGUCAAGUUUUUUCACGCGGAAUCAUUCUUCAACUCUAUGCAUUUGCAGUAUCCUGCCCUACGCAGAGGUUCCUCCAAGCACAGAACAUUGUGAACCCUCUUGCAUUCAUCUCACUUGGGGUCUUCCUUCUGCAUGUCCUUCUCACUUGGUUGGUUCUCUUUGUAUUCGACUAUGGACUUGUUGGAGCUGCUCUUACUCUCAGCUUCUCAUGGUGGUUUCUUGUCUUGUUGAAUGGUUUAUACAUCAUUCUUAGCCCAAGAUGUAACCAAACUUGGGGUGGCCUCACUGUCAAAGCUUUCAAAGGAAUUUGGCCUUAUUUCAAACUGACAGCUGCUUAUGCUUGGAUGCUGUGUUUGGAGACAUGGUAUAAUCAAGGACUGAUACUUUUAUCUGGGUUGAUCUCCCAUCCCACAGUCUCAGUGGACACUAUUUCUAUUUGUAUGAAUUACUUAAACUGGGACCUGCAAUUUAUGUUGGGUCUAAGUGCUGCAACCAGUGUCAGAAUCAGCAAUGAAUUAGAGGCAGCUCAUCCAAGAGUAGCAAGAUUUUCUGUCAUUGUAGUGAAUGGAAUCAGCAUUGUUAUCAGUGUAGUUUUCUCUGCAAUUAUUUUGACAUGCCAGGAGCCUUUGAGCAAGCUUUUCACUUCUGACUCUGAAGUCAUUGAGGAAGUUUCUAGCUUGACUCCACUGCUUGCUAUCUCAGUUUUCUUAAAUUUCAUUCAACCCAUACUGUCAGGAGUUGCAAUUGGAUGUGGAUGGCAGGCUGUUGUGGCAUAUGUAAAUUUGGCUUCUUUCUAUGUCAUAGGGCUCACUGUUGGGUGUGUUCUUGGCUUUCAAACUACUCUGGGAGUAGCUUAUUUGGGUUUGUUACAGGGUAUCUGGUGGGGGAUGAUCUUCGGAGUUUUAGUACAAACAGCAACUCUAACAAUUCUGACUGCUAGAACAAAUUGGGAUGUAGAGGUUGGAAAAACUCUUGCUCGCAUCAAAAGAUCAGCAGAAGAUGAGACCCUAGAUCUCUUGAUUACGAACAUUUGACAUUUUCUUUUUUUCAUUUCCUGAAAGCUUAAAAUUAAGUUGUUUAGCGGCACAACAAUCUUGUUUUGGGCCACGGGAAUAUCAUUUGAUUCGUAGCUAUAUUUAGUAUCAGCUCACAUAAUUUUGGUGGUCUUUCACUCACCGUUAAUUAUUGACGAAAAUUCCAAAAA